AUGCACCGCGCGUGCGCCCGAGUCGCCAUGUCAUCCGCCCCCGGUCGACGCCAACGAACGGGGACGUCACAAAAUUCCUUCGUCGCGCGCGUGCGACGCUUCGUCGGCGGUGCGUCCGUCAAAGCGGCUCGAGCGACGCGCGCGCACUCGAACGACGCCGACGACGCAUCGGAUGCCGGAGGAUACCGACGACCGCCCGACGAUCUGACGCAGUUCACGGAGCGACCGGCGAGCCCGAACGUGACGCUCUCGCCCGACCGCUCGCGAUUGCUGUUUCUGCAUAAACCGCCGCCGCUGCCGCCGGUGUCGACGCUGGCGCUGGAGGAGGUCAAACUCGGCGGCGUGCGGGUGGACCCGGCGCAGAAUUCCUCGUCGAGGAUGGGACAUCAGACCAAGCUGAGCAUGGGAGCGAUGCCGACGAAGGAUGAAGAGAUCGGUGUGAGCGAGGAGUUUAAGGGGAUACCGGAGAAUGCUUUGUUGAAUUACGUGAGUUGGUCGCCGGGUGGAACAAAAAUCGCGUUCACGACGCGCUCGAGUGGAGAGCCGGGUGAACCCGAGCGCGGGCCGCUCAAGCUGUGGAUCGCGGACGCAAACACGUUGGAGUGCAAGGUCUUGCUCCCCGAUCGCGGGUUGAACACGGUUUUCGAGUCGUACAGUUGGUUGGAUGACGACACCAUCGUUGCGUGUUGCAUUCCGAAAAAUCGUCCAAACGAUGCGCCCAAGCGACCUCAAACCCCGUUCGGUCCGAGAAUCCAGAGUAAUCGCGGUGGUAACGUCGCACAGGCGCGAACGUACGCGGACUUACUGAAGGAUACGCACGAUGAGUCUCUGUUCGAUUACUAUUGCACGUCUGAACUCGUGGCGGUAGACACACGAAAUGGAUCGACGAAACCUUGGGGAGAUGGGAAACCGAGAAUUUACACGCGAGUCGAUCCGUCUCCAGACGGUAAAUUCGCCAUUGUGCAGACCAUGAAUCGUCCGUAUUCGUACGCUGUCCCGUGCGGACGAUUCCCGCAGAAAGUUUGGGUCGCGGACGCGACAGGGAACGUCGUGCGAGAAGUUGCCGAUUUGCCUUUGGCAGACAAAGUUCCCAUCGUUCACAACGCCACGCGCGAGGGACCUCGUGCGGUGAAUUGGCGCUCGGAUAAACCCGCGUCGCUUUAUUGGACGGAGGCGCAGGACAAGGGUGAUCCGAGAAUCGAUGUGUCACCACGUGACGUGACAUACUCUGUUGAUAUCUCUGUGGAUCCCGCGGCGGCUCCAAAAGUGAUGUUCAAGACGGAUUUCCGCUAUGGUGGCGUCGCCUGGGGUGGCGAUGACUUAUCCAUCUUAUACGAAAGCUGGUACAAGACGAGGACGUCGCGAGUAUGGGCGACGGCUCCCGGCGACGUCGACCCGGACGCCACAAAAAGUAUGUUAUGGGAGCGUGACUACGAAGACAGUUACAAUGCCCCUGGUUCAUUCUGCACCCGUCGCACCGAUGAUGGGUCGUAUAUCUUGGCGCGCGUCAUCGGACCCACGCCAUUGGGUGAGGGCAAGGCGACCGGCCCUGGUGUUAAGCUUUUGUUAGAGGGUGAAGGGGCGAACCCGCAGGGCGACAAACCUUUCAUCGAUUUAUUUGACGUCGACACCGGUGCGAAACAUCGUCUUUGGGAGAGUAAACCGCCGUUUUUGGAGCACCCAGGAAGUUUGGUGAGCGAUUUCGGCGGCCCGGAAAAGGCUCCGAUUACGAUGGAGACUAUGCGUAUCCUGUUCUCUCGCGAGAGCCCAUCAGAGAAUUCACAGUACUACACGCUUCAGAUGAACGCGGACGGAUCCGCAGGUAAAGAGACGAGAAUCACGAAUUUCCCGCAUCCGCAUCCGAAUCUCAAAGAGUUACCCAAGGAGAUCAUCAAAUAUACGCGUUCGGAUGGGGUUGAGCUCAAUGGGACUUUGUACACGCCUCCCGGGUACAACGCCGAGCGCGACGGUCCCCUUCCUUUACUCAUGUGGGCGUACCCUCGCGAGUUCAAGACGAAGGAGUCCGCGUCACAGCUCAGAGACUCUCCUUAUCGCUUCACCGGUAUCGGCCCUUCGAGCGCGUUGGUCUGGCUCGCCCGCGGGUACGCUGUUCUCGACGGCCCGGCUUUGCCAAUCAUCGGUGAGGGCGAGGGCGUUGAACCGAACGAUACCUACGUCGAACAACUCGUCGCCGGCGCUCGAGCGGCUGUCAAUGAAGUUGUUCGACGAGGAGUGGGUGAUCCCGAUAGGAUUGCCGUGGGUGGUCACUCUUACGGGGCCUUCAUGGCGGCCAACUUGCUCGCGCACGCACCUGACUUAUUCGCUUGCGCCAUCGCUCGUAGUGGCGCAUACAAUCGCACACUGACACCGUUCGGAUUCCAGGCCGAGGAGCGCACGCUUUGGGAAGCUCCCGAAACGUACGAGGCGAUGAGUCCGUUCAUGAAUGCGCACAAAAUUAAGAAGCCAAUCCUCCUCAUUCAUGGCGAAGAGGAUACGAAUAGCGGAACACACCUCAUGCAGUCUGAACGGUUCUUCGCCGCGCUCAAGGGUAACGGUGCCGAGGUCAAGCUCGUUAUUCUACCGCAUGAGUCGCAUGGUUAUCGUGCGAAAGAAAGCAUCAACCACAUGCUCGCAGAAACGAGUGAUUGGCUCGAUACGCACUGUGCUCCUGGGGCAAAGAAAUCUGCCGAAGAGCGUGUGGCGCUGGCGGCGGCUGAAGAAGAGUCAAAGACCAAAGAGGCGGUACCUCGUUAA